AUGGCUUAUUCAAUUACGUAUUACUAUGAUCCAGACGACUUCGAGAUUAAGAUAGAAGAAGUAGAUACAUUAUCAGAGAAAGCAGAAAUUCAAAAGAACAUUCGUUUCUCAACGAUAUCCGCGCAACUUCUACCCGAUCCAGACUGGUGUAAGAGCUUUAUGGGAAAGAGGAGCAGUAGACGAAGGAGAUUGGUUUGUCGAAACGGUUACUAUUUAGCAGUCCAUCCAAAUGGUACAGUCAAAGGCACGCGCUGUAAGAGCGAUCCAUACAGUAAGUACAUAACGAUUGCUGAUAACAAUGUUUUGAUAUACACAAUUAUUGCGAUAGCUGUAUCAUCGCUGAGUCUCUCCCAUAUAGAGACCAUUGUGUCUGGUUUAAGAUUACUGCAUGCCAUUGUAUAUAUUAUCACAUGCAUUGGUGAUAAUCAUACUAAAUUCUGCGGUUAUAAUCCGCAGUGUGGGCACUCUACUAGGAGUGUUCGGCGUUCCUAUCACACUUUCAGGGUAAGCCGGCCAAACUAUAUCUAUACGUUUAUGUUGAUCCUCGGGAGUUUUAAUUAAAAUAAACUAUUUACUAUAUGGCCAUUAUGUUUUUCUACUAUGUUUACAUUUGUGAUCGUUUAAAAUAUCAAAGGGGGGUCGAUCAACGAUAGAACUUAAUCAGUGAAUUGCUGACUCAAGUUUAGAUGCGAGAAUUGAUCUACAAAGGUGUCAUUUCACAUUACUAUGUUACUAUGCCAUUAACAAUGCCACCUAAUACCACCUAUUAAAGUUUAAAUGCACUUUCCUUAGCAUGUAUGUUUUCCCGGCGUUGUUGCAAUGUUUACUUGAAAUCAUGCGUUUGAAGCUCAAUAUCCGUGCACGCAGCAAGUAACGAUAUCACAUCGAGAGAUUGUUAACAUUUUUGAGUAUCUUGUUCCUUGUCAGUAUGCGAAUGCGGUUUCCGAAAUCUUAUACACCACAAUUAUUUCCGCAAUUUCAUUCCACCAAGCACCGACAUAUCGCUGAGAACAUUACCAGAUAAAGUAUGCCGUUUAUUCGCCGGAAGACCACUGUGGACUGUAAUUGAGACAGUAAGGAUCACUAUAGGAUUUAAUUGGAACAGUGGGUCCUAUAUUUGAAAAUAUUUGAUGUUAUUUUUGCUUUCGUUUCAAAAGGGUACAUGCCGGGACGUAUCACUUCGAUAUUUUGACACGAGCUCUCUUUUUGAACUAAGCUGUGUUAAAACUGUCAUUUAUUGCCCGGCUCAAGUUACAGGGAAAAAUUCUAACACUGUUUUUGGCACUUGAAACUAGGACUUAAGCUCGCGCAUUCAAUAUGUCCUUAAUCCAUGCCCGUGUUGUUGUUGACUAGAAAAGGGAUCAUUGGCUAGCUCAACUCAUGCCGGAAUACGUUUAGAGAAAUUUAUAUUACAAUGCUGGUUAAUUUAAAUUAAUGAUUAAAUCGAUACAACAACGUUUCAUACAGUGUGAUCUAAAUGGGGACGAACGACAUUUUUUAAUGUCCUGCAGCAAUACAAAACUCACCAAUUUUAGAGUUAAUUUUAUAAAUACAUGUUAAUACAUAUAUUUUAUAUAUUGCAUGUUGCAAUUUUUCUUGCAACAUGCAAUGCAAUUCUACUCUUGAGAGAUGUAAAAUUGCCAAAUACGAGUCUUCAUUACACUCCGAUAAUGUUUUCUCAACAUAUCGAAAAUUCUUCACUGAUUUCACUAAUAAAUAUCUUUCAAGAGUAGAAUUGCAUUGCAAGUUGCAAGAAAAAUUGCACCGUGUAGCAUGUAUCUGUAGACUAUACCGAAACUGGUAUUCAUGUUGAUAAAACAUAAUAUAUUUAUUUUUAUAUUAUAUUAAUUAGAAGGCUGAAGUUUUUCAAAUAAAUCUUCAGUUCUGGACUUGAGUGUGUGCCAUGACAUAGAUAUAAAGUCAGCCGGAAAAACACUUCCAUGCUUCGAACAAAGGAUCUUUCUCGAGGAAGUUCAAGUAUUCUGUUUCGUCAGGGGAGUCCCUGUGUCACUGGGGAGGUUUAGAAGAUUUUUGACCUUUGUCUAAUUUUCCUGACCAAGGGUCUUCUUCGGAACGUCGAAAACUUAAAAGUGAGAACUUUGAACAUUUUCAGGCCAGUAGGCGGAAAAUUAUGAUGGUUUUAGAUUACUAAUUUCGAAUAACUUUUAACAGGCUGCAGGAGACAUCCUGAAAUGCGUGGGCUAAACAAUGUGGUCUGAUUACCCCGUAGGUGGUUGUUAUGACUUUGUAUGCGCGUGUGACGUGCUUUUGGGCUGGGUCCAAAUAGUUUUAGUGACAUUUACACCGCAAGUGGAACUGUGUGCAAGGCAAAUCACUGUUAACAAAGACUUUGACGUCUUUGCUUACUCGAAUUGCGUAAGAACAUAACAUACUAAUAACUUAAACUCUGACAGAGCGAUUUAACAUGAUAAGCCUCGCGUGCACUUGAUGAAAAAAUACGCACUGUUAAAAAUAUUAUGUACCAUUUAUUAUACAGUAGUUCAUAAGAAAAAUUAAGGGAACCGCUUAGUAUUUUAAAAUCCAUCCCGAAUCCCGAUGAUGACUAAAUAUAGUCGAAAGCUGGAAUAUUACUUAAAAAUGUUCAUUUUCGAAGCUUUUUAUUUUAUACAAAAAAUAUAUCAACAUUUUGAAAGGCAUGUGGAAAUUAAUAACUAUGUAUAUACCCUUAAUUUCCUAAGCAUGAAAUUAUACGGGUCAGGGCAGAACCUUGUCAUUUUGUAUUAUUAAAUAACAUUAUAGAACAUAAUACAAUAUUAUUUCUUAAAUAAUAUUUUAUUACAUUAUACAUAAUAGGAUAUAAUAGGUAAUAGGAGAAGCGAGGUGCUUUUCUCCGUUUCAGCAGAGGUGGAUUCCAAUUUCCUAUAUUAAUAAUAUAUACAGAGUUUAGUAUACCGAAAUGUGGAAAAGUGUGGAAAUUGGUAUAACUAGUAUACAUGAACUCUUAUUUCACUAAUUUCUAAUCAACUCCAUGAGAGCGAAAUCAUGAAUGACCGAUGGGAAAACAAAGUUCUUCUGAGUUCUGUUCAUUUUGAAGCUAAUAUUCUCAAUACUGACUAUACUUGUUGAACAUCAUUCCAAGCGAGAAAAGCAUUAGCAUACAGAGAUUGUGUUCACUUAAAUUAUAAAAUUAUUCAAAGAAUCUAAAACUGAUCUGGACUUGUCAAUCUCAUGAUGAACCUGUUGUAUGGAGAAAUUCUUAUAUUCGACUCGUGAUAUGGAAAUAUUAUACAGUAUUUAUACAUAACAAUGUUGGUCACGAGUGGAAAGGGAAUGCUUUCGUGAUGGAAUAUAUUAUAGUGCUGCAGAUGGUAGUGAAUGAUAAGGGUCGAAUGAUAUAGGGUCCUAAGAUUCUGCAUAAUAGUUUAAGUUUAAAAUACUGUCUAAUAGUUUUGAUUAAAUGCAGUGCCAGUAUUUAGGGUAUUAUUAAGAUUAUGAACGAAGAUUAAAGUGAUUAAAGUAUUAAAGUAAAAAAGUAUUGUUUAUUAAUUAACGGAACUUCGUCACUCUCUAGUCUUUAGUCUACACAUUUAAUUUAUAACUAAGUAAAAGCGAGACUCACAAAUUUCUUUCAGUUUCCUCUUGAAAACGAUAAUGACGUUACUAAGUAAAUUUAGCGGAUGUUAUUGUCAUUAAGAGGGGCGAAACAAAAGUCUUUGUGAUAGAAAUUUUACUUCCAAUGGCAAUUACUUCCAAAGUUCAAAUUCAAUAAUAAGGCUAAAUUUUUGUGGAAUGACUAUCGGCAGGAAUCUAGAUGCUAGUCGUUCAGGAAUGAACGAAGUAUGUGGAAUGGAUUUUGCAUGGGCCAGCAUUAGUGAGGCUCGCGAGAUUUACUUCCUGCAUUGUGUACUAUUGUUUUUAUAUUGUACAAGCGGUCAUACACAAAAUACGUGUGGCGCUUUUUUGUGUCGAUUUUCGAGUCCCUUAUCCAGACCAUUAUACCUUAUCCAGACACACUUAUCUUGACCAUUGACAUUAGUCAUUACACCCUAUCGAAAAUUACGUGACUUUCAACAAUAAAAGGCAAGAUAUCACACAAAAUCUUAGUCAAACCCAUCUAUGUAUUGUAUUUUUGUGAAUCGCCAUUGCUAUCCCAGUAAAUGUAAUGCAUUGCAGUUCUCGAAGCCUAAUCUACCAGCAACUACCUGAAGAAAACGGAAAAAAUACAAGAGUGUUGUUUUGGGGUCGUGUACGACCCCAUCCGCAGUUUAAGAGUUUUAAAUAGUUUUCCUUCAUUUUGAUAAUUCGCGACAGACUAGAAUUUGUAUUUUAUAAUUUUUGCCACAAAACAUUCGCCGUGAUUACUCCACUUCACGGUACGAAAAUACUUCACGUCAGUUCUAAUUGAUCGUUUUCGUGGCAUCCUAGCUGAACCAUGAUCCUAACAAUAUAAAAUGGACAGAUAUUUUAUUCAAAUGAAAUUAGUAAAAUUUGAUUCAAAAUAAUUCCACUGGCACUGGUUAUCUCCGUGAUUCAGAGACUGGUUAUAGCCGGAUAGCGCUAUAUCUGCCGGAUGGUGAUUUUUUUUCAACCUUUCUAAAAUUGAACGUUAAGUGGUCUGACCAAUAUUAAACGCAAGCAUUUAUAAGUUAAAAAUUCUUUUUAUAAGUCGCGAUGUCUAAAUCCAUAGUUUCAUAGUUUUUCAUGUAUCCUGCUUUGAAUUCGUACUGACUGGCCCCAGUAAUAUAAUUGAUUAAGAUUGGUUGGUGUGUACUGAUGCUGUUCUCAAACAUUUAAGCUUAGAAACAGGGCAUAUUUGAAUAGAAUACAUUACCAUGGAUGCGAGUCAUGGCCUCGUGAUUAAAAAUAAGACUACAGUAUAUAUAACCGUGUUGGUCACGAGAGAAUCACCAGAGUUACACAUUUCCUUGUUUGUUCAUUUAUAUUAAAACUUUUAAAAAUACUAAAAUAAAUUUGUCUCUUUGUCUCUUAUAGUCUCUACACAGCCGCUCUUUGUGUCGUUUAUAGCUUCUCCUUAAUAAUUCUCUAAUUCUGCCAAAUGCUUAGAUAAUGCGCUUUGAGUCACGCCCACCUAUAUACACUCCGGUUAGAAUCGGGCCUUUUCCUGAAUUAUGAUUUUGCAUGUCGAGUCACGAAUGAUAAACAGGAAUUUUGUAAAAAAUAUUAAUUAAGUCUUCGGAUUAUGUUUAUUUUGCCAAAAUUGUAUCUUUAAAGUGGAUCGAUCUAAAAAUUCGGAAUGUAAAUUCUUCUUGGAGGGUAGAAAGCAUAUGGUAUCUACAUUACCUUUCAGUUUCAAUCAAGGCCUGGAUUAUUUAGUAUUUUUUACACCACCGACGUUUUCAAGGGGAUUGAAAAAGAUCGUGAAAAAGAUCGUGAAAAAGAUCGUGACAAGUCUUCGAUUAUGAAAAGUGUUCAUAUAGACUUUAUAUGGAAUACAGAUCCGGAAUUCCGCUUUUGUCAGUUAACUUGAGGGUUGCGUCUACAACACUUUACCUCUUUAGCUUCAGCUGCAUGCACGCAAUGGCAAAGGUUAAUUACUUUUUGUUUGCUUCUAUUUGAUUUCAUUGUGAUUGACAUUGUGAUUGAAGUAAAAAUUCAACACAAUAUCCUUUGACUAACAUGUUGUCAUUUAGAUUUUAUAUGGAAUAUGUUUCUUCUGGCCUUUCUAAGAUCCCAUCCGUUUCCCCUUAUUAAACUAUAAUCCCAAACUCUGUAAUAAAGAUGUUUGGAUUUGACUUAAUCGGAUGUACCUGUAUCAAAUGCGUCUCAUUGGUUAAUGAUCCCUUAAUGGCAGCGGUAGCAAUAAGAAGUCAAAUCUGAACCUCGAUAAUAUUGCACGAGGGUCUCACAGGGGAGUCUCCAGUGGAUUGGUGUAACUGCCAAUCAUAUUGCUCACAUUCCAUCCAGGAACCAUCGUCCAAUGCCCCAAUCGUCCAAUUCCUCAACGAUGACACAUAGGGUUGGGUUAGUGCUUAGGGGCUGGGUUCUAUAUAGGGUUGGGUUAGUGCUUAGUAUUUAUACAACUAGGGUUAACUGUAACAUCAAGUUCUCUGUUUUUCUCCUUUAGCGACGUUGGAAAUUAUUUCUGUGGGUGCUGGUCUGGUUAAAAUGUUAGGAGUGGAAGCAGAGUUAUUUGUAACGAUAGAUGACAGUGGCGUGGUUCGCGCUACCGUAAGUAAUUCCCUUCCUUUCUAGUGCUUUGUUUUAAUAGUAAAUAGUUCAAAAUUUCAUAUUUUUUUUCUGACAAACAACACGAUUAUGUCUUGCAAUCCACAAGCCCUUAUUAGGCGGUGCUAUACUGUUGCACGGUGCACCGUAGUUAUAAUUAUAUUGCACCUGGAUUGCACCUGCCAAUUUCGAUUCCAAUAAUCAUGGCAAUGUGUGUAGUAUGUCUCUUCGUAGCAUAUACUUUUAGGUUUAGAAAGCAUCAGCAUUCGGCCAUCGUAAAUCAUAAAUUCUGUUCGUUUGGAUUUUAAGCAUUUUAUUUAUAUUUUCUACAGCUUUUGAAGAGCUUUUGUAACAUAAAAUAAAGUUUGAAAUGUUUCAAAUGGGUAUCAUUCUCUUUAGAUUGAUAACAGAGAUUCCACCCCUUCCGUUUUUUGUGCAAUCACAAAAAUUUUGUGCAAUCACAAUUCCGGUCUUCUGUACUCGUGUUAAUAUCCCCCAUUUUCUCGAUACUUUGAUUAAAGUUCAUGAAUUUUUCUUAUAUUUCUUUCUUGUUUCCCUGUGUUUUACUUAGUAAAGUUGUGCUUUUUAUAUAGAGAAUAAUACAUGGUGCGCGGAAAUACCAGAUUUAUUUCGAGUGUUGAACAUGAUAUCUCACGAGUGAGCGCAGCGAACGAGUGAAAUAUCAUGUUCAACGCGAGAAAUAAAUCUGGUAUUUCCAAGUACCCAUGUAUUUUUCUGUUUAUUAUAUAAAGGACAGUCUUUGAAAAGCGAUAAUUUUCACAGAAAAGCGAUAAUUUUCACAUGUGAGAUUAUCAUGAAUAAUCUCACAUGUGAGAUUAUCACUUUUAUCAGUGCUCGAAAUCUCUAUAAAGCACUAUACUUUAUAUAAUGAAAUCAUAAUAAUUAAUAAAUGAUAAAAUUUGGCUCUCGUGUUCCUUGUUCGGCUCAAAUUUUCUAUUUUGGCCGUCAUACAAGACUUUUCAAAAUUAUUCAAGAUGGUGGCCAAAAUAGGAAAUUUUAAAUUAAUUUUUUUUUAAAUUUUCCAACUUUUAAACUUUUAAAAUUGAUUACAAGAAAGGAAACCCAUAUAUUGAAUGUAAUGAUUAGUAUUUUUAAGAUGUCUGUCAACGUCUUUGCAGGCCUAUGGCUAUAUGGAUAGAAUGUGCUGAUAUUGGCAUCAGCACAUUCUAUCCAAAGUCUCUUUUCUAAACUCCCGCAGCAAAUUACCUCCCUUUUUUUCAAUCUCCGUGUUAUAAUAGUAUUAAAAUUAAGCAGUUUAGAAAAUAUUUAUUCAAAAUGUUUGGAAUGUGGGGUAUUCCGGGACAACCUGCAGCGAAUUGCGUCAUUUCAUUUAAUUAUUUAAUUUGCUGUGGGGGGUUUCCAUUUUACUCAUGGCCUUGGCUCUGGUUCAUAUGCAAUGAUAAUUUUGUUUGUAAAUCAUAAUGAUGAUAACCUCCCAAUUUAAUUGCAUUGAAAAAAUUAAAAUACCCCCCAAGACAUUUUAUUAUCGAGUCGUACAGUGAUUAAUAUUUCUGCCACCUAAUUUUAUGGAGAAAAUAUCUUUUCGUAUAUAAUAAAUCUCAUACUAAUAUAUACUCAUCAGAUAAAUUUUCGCGAGAUGUUUGGAAAGUUUUGCCGGCACCUAAACUAAAGGGGGGUCAUGGCUAUUUGAUGUUAAAAUCAUGAGAUAAUUAUCAUGUCUAGUAUUCCUCCCACACUUCUAUAGAAUGCAAAACAUUUCCUUGAACCCACAAUUUCCCAUGUGUCGGCACUAGUUCUAACAAAUUCUAGACGCACAUAAUUGUCGAUAUAUUAUCACUGUAAUACCGGCACAACAAUGUUGUUAUUUUUAUAUGUUAACUUCGUGAACAUGAGAUAAUUUUCAUGUCUAGUAUUCCUCCUACACUUCCGUAGACGGCAAAAUGGUUUCUAAGAGAAUCUUGAAAUAGCCUCGUGAUAAAAUCCACACUUUCCUGUCUGCAUUAUUAACACAAAUUCUAGACGAACAUAGUUGUUGUCAAUAUAGGAUCACUACAAUACCGCAGACAUGCAAUAUUAGUUUUGAAAUCUAUACUUAACUUUGUUAUCGUCGUUAUGGUAGUCUGGACAGCCUAAUAACGCUUCUAAAUUAUAUAGUAACGUGUUGUGUUCAUUCAUGAUGUUUACUAUCCCAAAUGUGAAAUGCGAACUUGGAGUCAGUAGAUGAUACAACUACAUGUACCUGAAAAAUAUAUAAAAAAGAUUUUUGAUGUUUCGAGCGAAGCGUCUGGAAGCCAGUGUUGUUUAAUACCCUUGCUAUGAAACCUCUCUUUCAUAAUGCAAUUUAAUCUUCGACCAACGCGCUGUAGCCACGCCCACAGCGCGUGAUAAGGGCGUAAUCUCGUACCUGCUUCGUACUGGCUUGAAGCCUGCACAUAUACCCAUAAAAUAUACAUUAUCGACAAAUCAUACAUGUAUUUCUCUUUCUUUCUAUCCACUAAUACAGUAUUAGUAAAUUGCUUAGAGUUUUGUGCGAUGAUGGAAUUUGAGAACAAGCUCAAGCCCCGGUCAAACGUGAGAAUGAGGGUUGAUGAGAGUUGCAGACAGUCACGAAAUGUUAGCAGUUUUUUUCAACUCUUGCUUUUAUUAAGCUAUUAACGUUUGAUGAAAGAGUUGGGAAAGCCAAAAGCGUUAGGAACAAGGUUGUGUUAUUGCCAACUCUCAUAUAAUGCACCCUCAUUCUGGUUUGAUUAGGGUUUUUAACGUCCGUUACAGUCGUGCCAAUAGAAGCGUUCCGAAAAAUGUUGACCAAUUCAUUUCCUAACCAGAAGGAACACUUCUGAACAAUUCCUCAACAAUUUAAUAAGUUCCUUAAAAAGUUCCUAACUUCUUGUUUCAUUGACCAAUCAGAUUGCUCAAAAAUAAAAUAUAAAAUUUGAUUGGAAGUUAGGAACUUUUUAAGGAACUUAUCAAAUUGUUGAGGAAUUGUUCAGAGGUGUUUCUUCAAGUUAGGAAAUGAAUUGGUCGACAUUUUUCGGAACGCUUCUAUUGGCACGACUGUAAAGCUACGUAGGGGCAUACAUUUAUUUAUAUUUUCCAACUAAUCUUAUUUUUCUCUUUUUAUUCAUAGGAUGUAGACAGUGAGGAAUGUGUUUUCGAAGAAGCUGUCAUUGAAAAUUUCUUUUCGAUAUAUCGAUCGUGUCGGUACUCCAGCGAAAGAUGGCUGGUCUCGCUUGAUACGAAAGGCAAUGCCCUCACGUCUUGGCUAGGAAACAGUCCAUGUCUAGAGUCAAGGAGUCAUUUUCUCGCCCAAAUUGUGAGCAGUGCGUGA